AUGGUCGACACCGAGAACCUCCGCACAGCGUCGCUGUACAUCAACAACCAGCUGCUCUCGCGAGGGCUGCUGCGCGACGGGCAGACCGUCGACUUUGCGAAUGUAGGGAAUGGCGGCGAGGAGUCCGCGGCGACGCGCGCCCGCAUAAUAAGCAUAGUCAACGACCUGAUUCUCAGGCGCGACCGCGAUGCCGAGCAUCGUGAAUCGCUCUCGACUGCGAUGCGCAACCUGCGCGCCGAGAACCUCAAGCACACGGCCGACAUCACACGGCUCACUGAGAAGAACGCCGAGGAGAAGCGCAAGGCGGAUAUCGCGGCCGCGUCCGAGGCAGCGAUGAAGACGCAGCUCAAGUCGGCGGAGUCCAACGUGCGCGGGCUGAAGGAGGAGAUCUCACGUACAAAGUCUCUGGUGGCCCAAACGAGGACCGCUUGCGCGACAGAGGUACGGCGGCGCGAUCGUCAAAUCGACACCCUCAAGAAGCAGCUCACCGAGGCCGGCCGAUCGCGAGGCACGAGAGCCAACCCGGCGAUAACGACCAUCACCGUCACGGGCGACGUCGGGCGGGAGAAGGGCUCCGCGGCGGGAUCGAGCAGCGUGGCGGCCGACGAUUACGAUUUACGAAGCGAGACGAACGCGUUCCUGGCGAACCUGGCGCAAAACCUGAGCGAGGAGAACGAGACGAUCCUAAACAUGAUGCAACGAGCAAUGAAGCAGCUACGCGAAAUGAGCGGAUACCAAGGUGACGACGAAAGGCGUGAUGCGCAAGUCAUCAGGCGGUCAAACUGCGAGGAGCUGGAUGCGGAGCUGGACUCUGUGGUGGAGCACAUGCGCAACAUCUUGACGAAUCCUUCGUUUGUCCCGAUUGAGGAAGUCGUGGUGCGAGAGGAAGAGAUUGCCCGCCUCAAGUCUGGCUGGGUCAAAAUGGAGACGCGGUGGAAGGAAGCCGUCCAUCUGAUCGACAGUUGGAGGAGGAAGAUGGCGGCGAGCGGCAAGCCGUUGUGCGACGAGGAGCUGCAGAUGAGUCUGCGCCUGAGCCCGGUCCGCGUCCAUGAUGUGGACGAGACGAAGCAGGCGUUUGAACUGGGCCUCGAGGCAGUCGCCGAGGAGGAUGAGGAGUUCGCUGCGUCGCUGCGCUCUCCCUGUCCGCCAAGCAACGAAGACUUGGAUCUGGUUCCCGAGCCCAGCUUCGAUGCCAACGAAGAGAGUGGCGACAUCGAGUAUGAAGACGACGACGCGCCCGCAGACUACGGCGUUGCUGCGGACGACGACGACAACGCCGACGCGCCGUCGUACGACCGCCCGGCCUCGCCGGAUUCUCCGCCCAUGCCAGAGCCACCACGACUGAGUCCCCUGAAGAACUCUGCCUCGGCUGGAAAUAGGGGAUCCGCCCAAGAGGGCCGUGUUCGCUCCAGGCCAGGGGACUUUAGCACCAUUGCCGAAGAGAAGACGAAGGAGCUCGAGGCCGAGGCCAGGUCGAUGCGAUCUUUGCCCGUCCGGCCAAAGGGCUUGACGGCGCAGAUGCGCGUCGCGUCGAAUACCGCACAAAAGCCGUCUGCUGGACUGAGGUCCUCAUCACGGUCAUCUCUGGAUGACGCGCUGCUGCCGAAGCCGCAGGAGAAGGAGGCUGAGGCGUCGCAAGAGCCCAAAGCAGCGCCGCUGAGCAUGGAAAAAUCUAAGCAAGAGGCGCCGAAGCAGGAGAUGCAAGCCGAGAAACCGUCCAGCGCCAAGCGCGCCGCGGCAGCAGCGAAGUCUGAUGCCCGCAGCACACCAAAGCGCAUUGCAACGAAGCCCUCGCUGCCACGCAACGCCAACCCUCCCCCGCAACAGAGCCCCCUGACCAUGUCCACCAUCGCCGCCAAGCUCGCGGCGUCGGAGAAGGAGGCCGACGCCGCGCGCGUCCGGGCCAAACUGCGGGCAGCCCGGGGCACGGGGCCGAGCACCCGCGGAGGCGUCAAGCGGCCUGCUAUCGCGAACGACGCCGAGACGAAGGAGGCAGAGCCUGCGCCGGUGCCGCCCUCAGCAGAGGACGUUGAUCCCGUCAAGCAUGAUCCCGCACAGCCACAGCAGGAGGAGGAGCAGCAGCAGCAACAGCCCAAGCCGGAGAAGAGGAAGCGCGAACGCACGAGCAGCAAGGUGACGUCGCGGAGGAGGAGUACGCUGAGUCCCUGGGAGCUGGAGACGUUGAUGGCGGGGACGGCGCAGUGA